AUGAACCCCCUCCUGCUGCUGGCAAUGGUGAUGGCCUCCGGGCUAAUGUGUGUCCUUGGUGAUAUUUGGGAUUUCCAGAAAAUGAUCCAGCUGACGACAAGAAAACAGCCUCUCAUCACUUACGGCUUCUAUGGUUGCUACUGUGGCCUAGGUGGCAAAGGAACCCCCAAGGAUGAAACGGAUUGGUGCUGUGCCAGGCAUGACUGUUGCUACCAACUUCUGAGGAAGCGUGGGUGUGGCACGAAAUUUCUGCACUAUGAGUUUACUCUAACGGGGAACAAAAUUGAGUGCAAUGCAAACCAGGACUACUGUCAGGCUCAGGUGUGUGAAUGUGAUAAAACUGCUGCCUACUGUUUUGCUGAAACCAAGAAAAGUUAUAAAAAAAGUUACCAGUUCUAUCUUGACCUGCUUUGCCAUGGGAAGGGACCUACUUGCGAAAACCCUCUUGACUCAGUCACCUUGAAACACAGUCCAGAGUCUUCUCCUCUAAUGUCACUCCCUCCUUCAAUUAAACUCCCUGAGGAUAAACAGCCAGCCAGCAGCACUUCUGUCCCCACCUAGGAGAGGAAGCCCAAUGCCUGGGGCCUAUCUGAUUGGUCUCUUUGCCUUAGGACAGCAGAUUUCCAUCCAUGGUUCCCCUCGAUGUCAAUCUUUUACCUUAGCAGCAGCAGCUACACUCCUGAGAGGGGCUCUUGUAAAUAAAGAAACUA